GUAAACCUCUAUUGUUCUUUCGUGCAAGUCCGACAUGGCCUUCAACAACGUGAAGCAACAGGGCAAAAAACAAGACAUGCCCUUCCAAAAGCAAAACACGAGCCGUGGAGGUGGUAAGAAGUGGAACAAUAAUGGCCCUGGUGGUAGUCGCGCCAGCUCACUUCAGGGAAGCGGAAGUAACAAUACCAGUGGUCAUUCUUCACCUGUCUCCCCUGCCCCAUCUUCACCGUCGAUAGCCGACUCUCGACCUAAUACCUCUGGUCCCAGUGAAAGCGAUGCUGGUUCUCAUCACAUGCACGAUAGGAUGCUUUUCCUUUUGGCUAAUUUAGUUGGAUUGAACGUGCAAGUGAAGACGAAGGACGGUACUGAAUUUGAGGGUUUAUUCCAUGCAGCUACUACUUCUAGUGAAUUGGCUAUUGUCCUUAAGCUGGCUCGCAAGAUUCACAAGGCUAGCCAAAAAACUGCAGAGACUGAUAAGACCAACCCAAACGCCACCGUUACCACGAUGAUUAUUCAAGCCAAGGAUUUGAUUGAAAUCACAGCUGUUGACGUUGACUUCAAUGCCGCGACUAAACCUUUGGUUGAUAAAGACACCUUCAAGACCGAUGUUGACAUCAGUGGAAGAGGAUCUGACAUUCGCGAGCGCGAAUUACACCGAUGGAACCCAGAAGUUCACUCCAGCGAUGAUUUGAAGGGAUUGGAGGAUGCUGAUACAUUUGGAGAUACUACCACUGUCAACUGGGAUCAAUUUGCCGCCAACGAGAAGCUGUUUGGAUUGAAAACCAACUUUGAUGAAGAGAUUUACACGACUAGAUUGGAUCGAUCAGCUCCUGACUAUAAGACUCGUGAGAAACGCGCAGCGGAAAUGGCGGCUGAAAUUCAAAAGAGCGCAAGUACCAAUGUUCACGUUAUGGAAGAGAGAGGCGCUCAGAUGGAUGACAGCGGAAUGGAUGAGGAAGAUCGAUAUGGUGCAGUUGUACGCGAUAUCAAUCCCAACAAAUACAUGCCUCCUGCCCUGCGAAAGCAGAUGCAACAACAGAAACAGGCUGGCAAGACCGAUACUGCUUCUGGAAGUGAAUCUCCUGACGGAAAAUCAGAUUCUAAGAAGACUCGUAGCGAUAAUCCAUUGCAAAAGUUGUCUACUAGCAAUCUUCCAAAGACUGGAGCGUCACCUUCGCCUGUCAGCAAUUUAGGAAAUAUGAGAUCCGAUGCUGCUGGUGUUCGUGGAAAGGUAUCAGCCAAUAACAAGGGUGGUGAUAAUAGUCAAAACCGUAAACCUAUCGAGGCAGAGAUUGCCAACACUUUCCGCCAAUUCGCUAUGGUAGAAAAGGAUAAACUCAAUGCUAAGAAGCAGGCUCUGCAAAAGAAGGAAAAGGAUGGUCGACUUGCCGACUUGAUGAAGUUCCACCAAACGUUCAAACUCAAUGUACCUGUCCCUCCUGAUCUUGUACCUUUGCUAAAACCCAAAUCCACCUCUAGUUUCAAAUUCAAUGUCAAGGCAUCAGAAUUUAAGCCCAAUCCUUCUGCACCAGCUUUUGUUCCGGGUGGCGCUGCCAAAGCAUCAAAUGAUCUGCCAGGAAGCAAAAAACAACAUGUACAUGUUAGCUCACUCACGCUCACUGAGGCAUUUGUUCCGCCAUCAGCAAAAGACAAGCAUGUCAAACCAGACUCUGUUGGACCUACUUGGCCAUACGGUAGCAAGUCUUAUACGCACCAAAUGCAUCAGUAUUCUGGAUAUGAAGAGGAUGUGUAUCAAGGUGCUUCACCACAGAACUAUCCUUACAACUAUCCUUACAGAUAUGCUCAGUAUGUUCCCGGUAUGCCACCUGUUCCAGUUCAACAACCAGGCAUGUCUUAUAUGAAUCCUCAGUUCGUGACACCCAAUAUGGCCUAUUCUACCGGUGGUAUGCCAAAUGCCGCCCCAUCUUUCAGUCCUCAAAUGGCCAAUGUGCCUGCACGUAAGUAAACGAGAGACUAAUUCAAAAGUGAGAGGCGCGUUUUUUAAUAAUG